AUGGCUGGAAUCAAAAAUACAAAUGAUGAAGUUCAUGAAGAAGAGGAGGAAUCUGAUGAAGCUGCACCGUCGGGUAGUCGUCCAAAGAGAGGAUGCAUAUGUUCCAACAUUUUUGGAGGGUCAUGUGGUUGCUGCCUUUGUCGGUUGGACAACAUUCCUGACGCAGACGGAGCAUUAGAACUUGUAACAGUUCAUCAGAGUGGAGAUGACCAAUCUAUUAAUGCUUCUGGAGGGUCAAAUGUCAAAAGCUGCACGAUGACUGGACCGGUGACAAAUUUGACAAUCCACAAUCAUCCAGCUGAGUCGGGGAUUGAGACGGAUAUUGAUAGCUUCUUUAACCCUCCGUGUAUACCAAUGCCGUUCCUUGGAAAGGCACUGAACCCCGUCCCAGUCUGGUUGAUGCUGGUUAUCCCAAGCAUGUUCGGCUACGGCUGA